AAGGAAGGAAGGAAAGGAUCUCUCCAAGGGCUCAAGUGCGUGAUUAAAGGAUUCUGCACAAAUAAACAAAUAUAUGAAUCAAAGCUUAUAAUUUAAAAAAAGUGGAAUUAUAGGCGCGUCACCGCUUUGCGUGGACGCGGACAAGACACAGCGGCGGCGGUGCGCACUGAAACAACCCGAGUCCUGUCUUUAGUCUGGAUUUUACUCAUGUUCUUCAAACUCUCGGGGAGGCUCGCUAACUUUUAAGGACAGUGCCUGACUUUUAAGAACCUCCCUCCCUUCCUCGCUCGGUGUUUCAAUUAACCCUCUCCCCGGAAAAAGAAGAAGAAGAAGAACAGUAAAAGAAGCUCUGGGGCUGGAAGUGCAGGAAGGAAGAGCCUUCUGUUCCUUCCGAGGAGUUCCAAGUCGCCGUAGCCGGGGUUUAGGCGUUGGCACCCGGGCUGGGAGUCCCUUGUCAUGGCCGGGGCCAAGCCGGGAGUCCACGCGCUGCAGCUGAAACCCGUGGACGUCCACGAAGCGCUGAAGAAGGGCGGCAAAUUCGUCAAGUGGGACGAGCCAACCUUGGAGCCUAAAAUGAAGGAGCCUAACAGUACACAGCCGACGCUGAUAAACCUGAAAGUUGAUCCGGAAGGAUUCUUCCUCUACUGGACCAUAGGUGCUGGCCAGGAUGUCGAGAUUUUGGACAUCAGUUACAUCAGGGACACCAGAACGGGAAAGUAUGCCAAACAGCCAAAGGACGCAAAGGUGAAAGAAGUGCUGGGCCUUACUAAGGAGGUGAGCGGAGAAGGGAAGCUGUUUACCGUCGUCUAUGGCAAUGACCUGGUCAACGUUUCUUUCCUCAACUUCCAGGCCAUGCAAGCGGAUGUAGCGAAGAUUUGGACAGAUGAGCUGUUCGCUUUGUCCACAAACAUACUUUCCCAGAAUGUAUCGCGGAACACCUUUCUUUACAAAGCGUACACGAAGUUAAAGCUUCAAGUGAACCAGGAAGGGAAGAUUCCAGUGAAGAAUGUCAUCAAGAUGUUUUCUGAUAAAAAGAGAGUGGAGACAGCUCUGGAGCAGUGUGGCCUCAUUAAUAACAAGUCAGAGGGAAUAAAGCCAGAUGAUAUCACCUGGGAUGCCUUCCAGAAGCUUCUGGACAACUUAUGUCUUCGACCUGAGAUCCAGAGCAUCUUUGAGGAAAGUGGCUCCAAGAGGAAGCCGUUCAUCUCUUUGGACCAGCUAAUGGACUUCAUCAACCGCAGGCAGCGAGACUCCAGACUAAACGAGGUGCUCUACCCCCCACUGAAAAGAGACCAAGUCCGACAGAUCAUGGAGAAAUACGAGACCAACACCAGUCAGCUGGAGAGAGACCAAAUCAGUUUGCAGGCAUUCAGUCGGUAUCUGGGGGGAGAGGAAAACACCAUCGUACCUCCAGAGAGGCUGGACAUCAUCGACGACAUGAACCAACCGCUCUCUCACUACUUUAUCAACUCGUCACACAACACGUACCUCACAGUGGGCCAGCUGACCGGGAAUUCUUCGGUGGAGAUGUAUAGGCAGGUGCUGCUCACCGGUUGUCGCUGUAUUGAGCUGGACUGCUGGAAGGGCCGACCACAAGAUGAAGAACCCUAUAUCACCCACGGGUUCACCAUGACCACUGAGAUCCCCUUUAAGGAAGUGAUUGAAGCCAUAGCAGAGAGUGCUUUCAAGACCUCGCCAUACCCCGUCAUCCUGUCCUUUGAAAACCACGUAGAUUCAGCAAAGCAGCAGGCUAAGAUGGCAGAGUACUGCAGGACAAUCUUUGGCGAUGCGCUGCUCAUCGAGCCAUUGGAGAAAUAUCCACUGAGCGAAGGUCAGCUGCUGCCUUCGCCGCAGGAAUUGAUGGGGAAGAUUCUUAUCAAAAACAAGAAGAAACAUCACCAUCACCGACCCUCUGAGAGUGGCAGCAUAAGGCGCAAAGAGCCAGGGGAGCAGUCUUCGCCUCACAACGACUGCCCUCUGACAGAAGAGGGAAGCCAACUCCUGUCCAAUGGAGAGGAAAAGCUGGCUGAAAGGAUGGUGAAAGACUCCGAGCCUCGGAAGUCCAUUGGAGCUGAAGGAGAGAGCGAGGAGGAGGAGGAGGACGAGUCGGUGGCAGAGCUGAAAAAGCCAAACUCCGACGAGGGUACCGCCAGCAGCGAGGCGAACGCCACGGAGGAGAUGUCAAAUCUCGUCAACUACAUUGAACCCGUCAAAUUUAAGACCUUUGAAUGGGCAGCUAAGAGGAAGAGGUUCUUUGAGAUGUCAUCGUUUGUUGAAACCAAAGGCAUGGAUGCCCUGAAGAGCUUCCCUAUAGAGUUUGUUGAGUACAAUAAGAACCAGCUGAGCCGAAUCUAUCCUAAAGGAACGAGAGUAGACAGCUCCAACUACAUGCCUCAGCUUUUCUGGAAUGUUGGAUGCCAGAUGGUGGCGCUAAACUUCCAGACACUUGACCUUCCUAUGCAGCUGAACAUGGGUGUGUUUGAGUAUAAUGGCCUGAGCGGUUACCUGUUGAAGCCAGAGUUCAUGAGAAGGACAGACAAACACUUUGACCCUUUCACAGAAAACAUAGUAGACGGCAUAGUCGCUAACACGGUCAAAAUUAAAGUGAUCUCAGGCCAGUUCCUGACAGAUAAGAAGGUUGGUGUGUAUGUGGAAGUGGACAUUUUUGGACUUCCAGCUGACACAAAAAGGAAGUACAGAACCAAAACAUCUAAUGGGAACUCGCUGGACCCUGUGUGGGAUGAUGAAAUGUUUGUCUUUAACAAGGUGGUCCUCCCUACACUGGCCUCUCUGAGAAUAGCUGUGUUUGAGGAAAACGGCAAGUUCAUUGGACACCGGAUUCUUCCUGUUUCGGCUAUUAGGCCGGGCUACCAUUACAUCAACCUGAAGAAUGAGCUAAACCAGCCGCUUAUGCUGCCGUCACUUCUGGUUUAUACUGAAGCUCAGGACUACAUCCCUAAUGAACACCAGGAGUAUGCAGAAGCUCUCACCAACCCUAUUAAGCAUAUCAGUGAGAAGCACAAGAGAGAGACACAGCUAGCUAGUCUCUUAGAAGACAACAGUGAGGUGAGACAGCCUCUCACCAACCAGCCCAAAGAAGGAGAGAACAAGAGAGAACUCAGUCCAGGAUUUGGAAUCCCCUCCCCUUCCCCAACACCCCAUCCCCCCCCAAAGGAAGAUCCCCCUGAUGUCAUCAAGUUACCUGCACCAGUACAAUCUCAGAAGGAGGACCUCAUAGGUACUGUCCUAACAGAUGUCAAGGUUCAGUCUGUAGAGGAGCUGCAGCAGAAUAAACAUUAUGAAAAGCUCCUUAAAAAACAAAGAAAAGAACUCAAAGAGCUGCGCAAGAAACAUCUGAAGAAGGUGUCUAAUCUAAGUAAGGACCAGAAAACCCAGCUUCAGUCUGACACCCAAAGGAAACGCAGCCAGAUUGAGAAACAACUCAAACGCAGUUUCAAGAAAAGUGAGUCCCAGGAACUGGUGCAGAGCGAGUUGGCUGCCUUGGAUGAUCUGGAGAAGCAGAAGAAUCAGCUGAAAGAGAUUCACAUGCAGCAACUCCUAAAACUACGUGAAGAGCUUUUUGCAAUCGAAAGAGAGAAGCAAAAAACACACCUGCAAGAGGCCCACCAGAAGUUGAAGGAGAUUACCAGCGAAUGCCAAGCAGCUCAGGUGAAAAAGGUCAAGGAACUAUGCGAGAAGGAGAAGAAAGAACUCCAGAAGAUCCUGGACAGGAAACGACUAAACAGCAUCAGUGAAGCCAAGAACCGUGAAAAAGACAAGGCUGAAUCGGAACUGAAUGAGAUCAACAGGAAACACAUUCAAGAUUCUGUCUCUUUAAUCCGUGGGCUGGAGGAAGCGCAGACCAGGAGAGACGACAAGCUGCUGCAGAGGCAUCGGGACGUCCUACAACGGAUAGACGAGGAGCUUCCACAGCUUAAGUCUCAGUUGGAUCGGAAACUGGAAGAGGAGUAUCACCGCCUUCCCGAGGAGAUCUGCCAGCACCUACAGCUCGAGCUGCAAAACAAAAAUCUCCAAAAGAACGCGCUGUUCUCCGCCUUGUCCAAUCAUAGCAGUCCCAGUACAGGCUCGGGCCUGCCCUCCAACUGCUCCACGCCCUCUAACUCGUCAACGCCCAGUCGGAGCACUUUGCACAGGAGCCGGGACAAUAGCACCGUCUCUCUGGCCGAUUCCACUUCCUCGUCCACCACGCCCGUCUUGUCAGACGCAGAAAUGUCGUUCAAUUAAAACUUUUACUCGUUCAAAGGAAUAUACAACAGGGGUCUAUAGUGAUUGUAAUGUGGGAUAGUAAUGAUGUAGAAUAUUUACUAAUUUUAUUCUUUCUUUUUAAUCCUGACCUUUUUUGGUCUUGUCUACAGAGCUAUAUUAUUUUUUAUUUUGGCCGUUUUUGUCAGAAAACUCAUUGUGGAUUAUGUUGGAAUAAUUCAUAAGAAUCGUAACCAGAGCUGUUUUGUUUCAUUGUUCUUUUCUUGUCUUGCUUUUAAUGUCGCCCCCCCGUCAUUCCUAUUGUUUUGUGUGGUCAGUCAUCUUUUUUUCCAGGCUUAUAAUGGCUUUAACCUCUUUUGUGGACGUUUCUGGAAAGCUUUAACCUGUGCAGAGGGGGGAGCAUAAUUAUAAACCACAUAAGUAGCUCCCAGCUGCUGAGAGUAAUGGUAAAGGGGUACUUCUCACUACAAAUUUGAUCAGCUUUAUUUCUUCACACCCCGUCCUUGAGAAAGACGGGGAAAGGAAACAGCCAAAGGAGAUUUUUAUUUUUCCCAGUUGUUAUGAGGUUAGAAAAAUGCAUCCCAGAUGUGAGCAUGUGAGUAUCAGGACGGAUAAAGCGGGAAAAGGGUGAUUUUAAAAUUCCAUUACAGCUGAACUUUUAUUUGUAAUUACAGCGGCUGACCAGCAGGUGGUGCUACAGCCUUAUCCAUUUUAUUUUUUUAAAAUUGGUGAUUUGAGCUGUCUGUGCAUGCAGCCUGAUAAUCCUAUUAGACUGUACCCCAACACACACGCCUGCACAUGCACACCUGGAUUUACCGCGUCAUCGGUGGGGAUGAAGCCUCUGCCCUUUAACCCUCCAUGAAAUUGCAGCCAAUGAGGAAGGGGCAGAGGAGGGAGGGGGCAUGAGCGCACAUCCAUCUGGCUACAAAUUAUGAGGGGUUUUGGUGACGCAACACUCGCUUUCUAAAACAUGUGGGCAUCUCUCUCGACACACAUACACAGUUUAUUGGUUCAGAAACCCAAAGUCUCUAAAAUCCUCAUCCCAUCCAAUCUGCUCCACAUAGAUGCGUAUUUAACGCACAAUAGGGACAAAUCAAAAUAAUUUUUUCCAAAUAUCAGAGAUUACGACACUCAAGGGAAUUCGAGUGUGUAUGUGUGUGUGGCCAGAACUUAAUCUGUUGAUGAGGCAUCUGCUUGUGGGGACAGUAAUACUUCCUACUAAAUGGGGAGAGUUGGUGUGUAUGCACUUCUGUUGGUGCAGUUAGUUUGACUGGAGAAAGACAUCAAAAGCUAAAGUAGUGUCACUACUGUAGACGACAGUCUGAUGAUGACACAGAGCGGCACUAUGACAUCUUAAUGUAAAAAUGCACUCAUUUUUCUUCUUUUUUUUAAAUUAAGGCUUUCUAUUAGCGUGGUGUUAAUUAUUUAAUGCUGCUUGAACUUCACUAAAGCCUCAAAAAUACCACUUGCAUGUUUCCAUUUUUUUUUUUUUUUAAUGGACAUAAGGUACAUGUACAUUUUAUGUUAGCUUAAAUAUGCCCUUCCCACACAGUUCCUUCACUGUAUUGGAUAGCCAAAAAUGGUGUGUGGCAUUGUGAUGUACAAACUGAAUGGUACAUUUAAGUUAAAUAUCAGUUUCUGUCUCUAGCAGAGCUCCCUGUUUGGCUGUAUAUAUUUUGAUUUUUGCUUUUGAUUUUUUCCUCUUUACUUUUUUGUCAGUUUAACAGCAGCGGUCUUUGUUUUCUUUUCUCGUCCUCAUCGAAGGGGGAAACGAUGGUACUUUCUUUGUGUACCGUGUAGGUAUUUAGCUGUAUGUGAAUUUUACUACUGACCACAAGUGCUGGUGAAAGAUGGAGGUGAGAGAGGUCAAAGACGGCUGAGAAGAGAAACGUGGGUUUCAUUUAAAUGUUUUCUCAAAGAAAAUAACUAUUGGAUGACGUUUUGGGAGUCCUGUCUUGUCCUCUCCUGCGUCCAUCCUUCGAUGAGCACUGGCUGCCUGUAUUGUCUGUCUGAUUGCCCCCUUCACACACAUCAUGUAAACUGUCAUCUUUUGAAACUGAAUUUUAUACAACCUUUUGUCUUUUAUUGUGAUUCAAGUCUUUAUUGAUGAAAGACUGUGUCUAUUCAGGCUGCUGAAAAAUGAAACCCUUCAUAUCAAGUCCCCCAUCACAGACUCAGUAUGUGUGUUAUUUUUUUUGGCAUUUUAAUAUAUCUGACGAUUUAAUGGCGCUGUUCUUUGUUCUCAAAAAGGAAAUCUCUGAAACUAAUAACAGUUUUGCCUUGGUUGGUUUUUCAUAUAGGUCAACAGUAGGAUAGCCGCGACAGGCUCUGAUGAUUUUCUGUGCCAUGCUCCACAGAGUAGACCUACAUGUGCAUGCUUAUUUGUGUAGUGUGUUAUAGAUUUGAGCCUUUAUUUCCAACGUUGGUCUCAGAGGUGAAACUCACCAGUCUCAAAUAAUUUUACUUGCCAAAAAUAUCAACAUACUCCUCGCAGGUCGUCUGUUUUAAAGGUCAGCUUAGUCCAAGCAAUUUAAUUCAUUACUUUUUAUAGUGCCAAAUCACAGUACAAGUCAUCUCAGGGCACUUUACAUAGUAAGAUCGAAACUCUAUAAUAUUUUAAAGGGGAAAAAAAAACAAAGAGUUAAGCACUUGGCAACAGUGGCAAGGAAAAACCCCCUUUUAACAGGAAAUUACCUCUGGCUUGACUACGCCCACUGAGGCUAGCCAUCUGCCUCAGCUUAUUGGGGAUGAGGGAGGAGCAAAGAGAGGAAAAAAGCACUGAGAAACAAAAGUCAAACACAUUCCAUAUCCAGUUAACACUAUCUAAUGUCCUUGAACAUCAUAAAGUCAUGACUAUUGGGUACUCGAGGUUUUUCCAUUCCUGUUUUUGAGGAGAAACGUACAUCCCAUUUUUCAUCUCUUUAUGUUUAAAUGCACUUUUACCCUAUUUUACGUGUAUAUAAAAACCUUUAGUUCCUGUGACGCCGACAUCAAUGCAACUACUUUCUAAGGAUUUUACUUUUUGUGUAACGUAUCAGCCGUUGUUUAUUUUGUGUACAAGAAAAGUUUUCCUCUUUGCACUUUGAGCUUGGAUUUAUUUUGUACUGUUCUUUUGGGUUUUGGAUGGAAAAUGUCAUCGCAUCCUAAAUGAGUUUUUAGAUUUCAAAAUUUUAGUGAGAAAUCAAACACAAGUCAUGCACCGCUUGCCAGAAGUGACAUUUCUAAGCAGAUCUGAGAUUUCCAUGUGGAACUCCAAUUUAAUAAUGCAACUCUUUUCUCUGCUGUUCACAGGAAAUGUAUCUGUGUAUGCAAGUGAAUAAGUAGGCUACAGUAUUUCAAAUUCGUUUUUUCUUUUUGUGUAGAAAUUCAUGU